AUGAGCUGGCUCCGUGCUCACUUCAGAGACAGAGGUCUUCGCAGAGGACCCUCUUCUGAGACAGAAGCAAUGAAAAGGCACAGCUCUGCUCAGGAGCAUGAGAUUAUUGAAUUACAGGAACAUAAGGUGGAGGAAAGUGAGACUGAUCAUGACAAGCCCCUAAAUGCUCAAACAAGAAAGGAGAGAGAUCCCUGGAAAUCAUGCAGGAAUGUAGUUUUCUGGAAGUGUAAACUAUGGAUGGUUAUAUCUACAAUAUUUCUAGUGAUCUUCCUGGUCAUUCUCAUCAGCCUAAUUCUUUAUUCUAAUGUUUACACAGAUGAGGAUGACUACUGGGAUCCUGAUGAAUUACUAAGCAAUGGAAAUUUUCACAAUUUUUCAGGAACAUUGGAGUUAAUGUGUGGUCUCUCACACUUCUCCUCUGAGGACAUUACUAAGAGGCUAACAGAGGUCUACAACUCAUCUCCAGCUUUAGGACGUUACUUUAGGUCAGCUCAGGUGAUUUCUUUCAGUAAUGAAAGCUCCACUGUAAUUUAUCAGCUAGUGUUUUCUGUACCACCAUCAACAGAGGGAUUUAUGGAAAACAGUAUGAACCCAGAUUUUAUAAGGAACAUUUUACGUCAAAAUAUUUAUGAUGAAGAUACUCUUAAUCCUGGGACAUCUGAAUGUGACAGGUUAAAGCUCAACCCGACUUCUCUCACAUCCUCCUUGGAUAAGGUGCUCUUUGCUCUAUUUUUCUCGUCUUCAGUGUGCAAUAUGAAAGAAGAAAGCAACAGCACGAAGAGACAUGUCUCAUUCACUAACAAAGCUGAAUGUCACAGGAAUAUUUAA